AUCUAGCGGCGUGACGACCAGGCUCGUUCUCGGAUUGGCACUGAUUAAGAGAGGCCCAUGUGGUGUGUUAAAGAGCGGGCCACGAAACUUUAGCACUUUAUAAAGCUUCUCCUAUAGAGUUUACGAACCUGGAUGUUGGCGUGGCCUUCAUUUUUAGAAGAUGUUGCUAGAAGCGCUUGACGGCGAUGAAACGGUUGUGUUUGGGUCAGCUGCCGCCUCUGUGCAGGUGCAGGUGGAGCCGGUGGGCCGUUGGUUUGAGGCCUACGUAAAGAGGAGAAACAGGAACAUUUCGGCAUCCUUUCAGGAGCUGGAGGAAGAGGAAGAGUCGUCUGAAGAGUCGGAGGAUGAGGAGUUUCAGCUGCAGGAGUGUCCCAUGCUCCGAACACUUGACCCAAAGGACUGGAAGAAUCAGGAUCACUAUGCUGUUCUUGGGCUGCCACAUCUGAGAUACAAGGCCACACAGAAACAGAUAAAAGCUGCUCACAAAGCAAUUGUCUUGAAGCACCACCCUGACAAAAGAAAAGCAGCAGGAGAGCAAAUCGUAGAAGGAGACAAUGACUACUUUACUUGUAUAACUAAAGCUAUUGAAAUCCUGUCAGACCCUGUGAAGAGAAGAGCCUUCGACAGUGUAGAUCCUACUUUUGAUAACGCUGUGCCUUCAAAGAGUGAAGGUAAAGAAAACUUUUUCGAAGUUUUUUACCUUGUUUUUGAGAGAAAUGCACGAUGGUCUUCCAAAAAGCACGUACCUAAGCUAGGAACCAUGGAGUCAUCCUUUGAAGAGGUCGAUACUUUCUACUCUUUUUGGUACAACUUUGACUCAUGGAGAGAAUUCUCCUACUUGGACGAAGAGGAAAAGGAAAAAGCUGAAUGUCGAGAUGAAAGGAGGUGGAUCGAAAAGCAGAAUCGAGCUUCCAGAGCUCAGAGGAAGAAGGAGGAGAUGAACAGAAUACGAACACUAGUUGAUACUGCCUACAGCUGUGACCCUAGAAUAAAGAAAUUCAAAGAAGAAGAAAAAGCCAGGAAGGAAUCUGAGAAGAAAGCUAAAGCUGAGGCGAAGAAGAGGGAACAAGAGGAGAAAGAGCGAGCAAGGCAGGCAGAGCUAGAUGCCGCUCGUUUAGCCAAGGAGAAGGAGGAGGAGGAGGCCAAGCUGGCAGCCCAGCAGGCUAAGAAAGAGAAGGACAUUCAGAAGAAGGCCAUCAAGAAGGAGAGGCAAAAACUCAGGACUACCUGCAAGAAUUGGAAUUACUUUGCUGAAAAUGAAGCUGACGACGUGAAAAUGAUGGAGGAGGUGGAGAAGCUCUGUGAUAGGCUGGAACUGACAAGUCUGCAGUCCCUGAAUGAAAUCCUGGCAUCCAGUUCAAAGGAAGAUGGGAAGGCAGCUGUGGAGAAGCAGGUACAGGAGGUGAAUGCCCAGCUGCAGAGGGAGAAGGAGGCUGAGGUCCAGGCAAGGCAGGCAGCACGCAGCGUGGAGCAGGCUAGCGGUGGAGGGGGAACGGCAGGGAAGGGCUGGGGGGAGGAAGAUCUCCAGCUGCUGAUCAAAGCUGUUAACCUGUUUCCGGCUGGAACCAACGCCAGAUGGGAAGUUAUUGCCAACUAUAUGAACUUGCACUCCAACAGUGGUUUGAAGAGGACAGCCAAAGACGUCAUCAACAAAGCCAAGAAUCUGCAACGGCUGGAUCCAGGACAGAAAGACGAGAUCAACAAAAAGGCCUUUGAGAAGUUUAAGAAGGAGCACUCUUCAGUGGCACCCUCCAUCGAUAACGCUGUGCCCUCAGAGAGAUUUGAUGCUUCUGGCAGCGACGGCAGUGCUGCUCCCUGGACUACAGAGGAACAGAAACUCCUUGAACAAGCCCUGAAAACAUAUCCAGUCAGCACACCUGAGCGGUGGGAGAAAAUUGCCGCUACGGUCCCUGGACGAAGCAAAAAGGAUUGUAUGAAGAGGUACAAGGAGCUGGUGGAGAUGGUCAAAGCCAAGAGAGCUGCUCAGGAGCAAGUGGCAAUCAAAACUAAAAAAUGACAAGAACCACAAGAGACAAUAGUAUCUGUUAUUUUAACAUUAUGAUGUUGGUCUUUAUUUUAUAAUAAAAUGAAGGGGAAAAAACUACAGAAUAAACGGUUAUAUUCCAUUA